AUGAUUAUUUUGAAACACAUUUUAUACAAAAAUAAUGGAAGGCGCUUUUUUGAAAAAACGAUUCCUAACAAAAUUUAUAACUUUUAUUUAAGUGGGUUAUGUAAGUUUUCCUCAUGUUGCAUAGAUAACUUGAGAAACAUAGGUAUAAGUGCUCAUAUUGAUGCGGGUAAAACAACGUUAACAGAAAGAAUAUUAUAUUAUACAGGAAAAAUAAAGAGUAUACAUGAAGUACGUGGUAAUGAUGGGGUUGGGGCGACUAUGGAUUCUAUGGAAUUAGAAAGAGAAAAAGGUAUAACUAUUCAAUCAGCUACUACUAAUUGUGUAUGGGAAAUAAAUAAUAAAAAAUAUAAUAUAAAUAUUAUUGAUACUCCUGGACAUGUGGAUUUUACUAUAGAAGUAGAAAGAUCUUUACGUGUUUUAGAUUCUGCAAUUUUAGUUAUAUGUGGAGUUUCAGGGGUUCAAAGUCAAACCUUAACAGUAAAUAGACAAAUGGACAGAUAUCAUAUACCUAGAAUAUUAUUUAUAAAUAAAUUAGAUAGAGAUGGUGCUAAUGUAGAAAGGACCUUACAUACUAUCGAGAAAAGAUUAAAUCUAAAUACUAUUUUAUUACAAAUGCCUAUAGGUAUUGAACAAAAAUUUAAAGGUGUAUAUGAUUUAAUUAAUAGAAAAGGAUACCUAUUUCAAGGGAAAAAUGGUAUUAUAUUAAAUGAAAUAAAUAAUAAAGAAGAAAUAUUAUCAUUAGAUAAUUCUUUUUCUUUUGAAAUAAUGGAAUUAUUAAGAAAUCGUAUUUUAGAAAAGUUAGCUGAUGUAGAUGAUGAAUUUGCUGAAAUAUAUUUAAACAAUGAUAUUAAUGAUAUAAAAAAAAAUGAUAUUUAUUCAUCUAUUCGUAAAUCUACUAUUAAAAAUUUAGUUACACCUAUAUGUUUAGGAAGUGCUAAAAAUAAUGUAGGUGUUCAAAUUUUAUUAAAUUAUGUAUGUAACUUUUUACCCUCACCAAAAGAAAUAAAUAAUUAUGGAUAUAUUAUAUAUUCAGAUGUACUAGAAGACAAAAUAAAAAAUAAUGAUAUUUGUAAUGAGACACAAAAUACACAACAAUAUCAAAGUCAAGAUCAAAAUGACAUAUCUAUUAUUAAUUACAAUAAUCAAAAUAGUAUUAAUAAUUAUACACAUAAAGAUGAUCAUCAUAGUUCUAAGAAUAAAUCGAAGAAAAAAAUACAAUUAUUAUGUGAUAAUAAUUUACCUAUGGUAGGUUUCUUAUUCAAAAUACAAGAAGAUAACAUGUAUGGACAAAUGAGUUAUUUCAGAAUCUAUCAAGGAAAAAUUAAAAAAAAAGAAAUGAUAACAAAUAUGAUGACAAACAAAAAAGAAAUAGUAAAAAAAAUUAUGAAAAUGCAUUCUAAUAUGGCUAAAGAAGUUAAUGAAGCAUCUGCAGGAGAUAUAGUUGCUAUUUGUGGUAUUAACGGUUCAACAGGUACAACAUAUACAAAUGGAAUCAACACCAAUCUACAUUUAUUAAAUAUUUUUAUACCUAAACCAGUCAUAUCAGUUGCUGUUGAAAUUUUAAAAAAAGGAGAUAUGACGAAAUUAACAAAAGCAUUAAAUAAAUUCACAAAAGAAGAUCCUACAUUUUAUGUAAAAACAGAUGAACAAACAAAAGAAACAAUUUUUGAAGGUAUUGGAGAAUUACAAUUAGAAAUAUAUAAAGAAAGAUUAAAAAGAGAAUUUAAUAUUAAUGUCAAUUUAAAAAAUCCAAAAAUUAAUUUUAAAGAAACAAUUACUAAACCUUUUGAAUGCUCAUAUACAUAUAAAAAACAAAAAGGAGGAGCAGGAUUAUAUGCACAUGUACAUGCCAUUUUUGAAACGAUAUCAGAUAAUUAUAAUGAUACAACACAUUGUACUUUUGUUAACGAAGUUAUAGGAAAUGAUUUACCAAAAAAUUUUAUACUCUCUAUAGAAAAAGCCUUUAAAGAACAAAUUGAAAAGGGAUAUCUAUACAAUUCUGAAAUUAUCAACAUGAAAAUGAGACUAAUUGGUGGUAAAAUACAUGAAGUUGAUAGUAAUGAUUUAGCUUUUAAAAAAGCUACCAUUAAUCUAAUCAAAGAAAAUUAUCAUAAUUUCUGUCCAGUUCUUUUAGAACCUAUUAUGCUUGUUGAAAUUAUUUCUAAUUAUGAACAUCAAAGUAAUAUAUUAACAAGUAUUACAAAAAGAAAGGGACUAGUAAAUAAUAUUGUUAAUAACUUAAAUAUUAUAUAUAUAUAUGCAGAUAUACCUUUAAAACAUAUGUUUAAUUAUAUAAAUGAAAUUAGAGCUAUUACGCAAGGACAAGGAACAUAUACUAUGGAAUUUUCAAGAUAUGAACAAGUUAGCAAAAAUGACCUUGACGAAAUAUUAAAGCAAAAAAGUACAGCAUAA